AAAUUAUGUCGGAAUCACAAUUUGUCAUCAAUUAUAUUCCAGAAUACCGUUGAAAAAAUAUGAGAAGAUCUCUCUCUCUCUCUCUAGGUUUAAUCAUGCGUCUCUCAUAAGUCUCGCUUAAUUAAUUUCAGAGCGAGCACAAUGCGUGUAUCUCGUUUGCAAAAUCGAUUACUCGCGCGUUUGCAUUACAACGUGCCGUGAAAACAGCGUUGCAAUUUCAAUCACGCGAAAAGACGAUGCGAUCGAUAGAUAUGUAUAUAGUUAAUCCAACCCGAAUAGAGAGUUUAUGUGACUAUCUCCAAAGUAUGUACCGCCAUCUGUGUAUGUAUGCGUAUUGCGGGAUGAGAGUGCAUCUUUAAGGGGGGUGGGAGGGACGCGAGGAGCCCGCGCGUUUAUCGCGGUAACGUACUCCGAAAACUAUCGUUGACAAACAUUCUCGGUGAUCCUGAUAAGAAAUCGCGCGUUGGCAAAUUUACGGCAAUUUGCGUCGCAGAAGUAUCCAUUCGCGAUAUCGCGAUGCGCGCUUCGUUCCACGGUGGGAGAGAGAAAGAGAGAGAGAGAGAGAUAAGGGAGAAGAGAGAAAGAGAGAGAAGCUGCGCCCGCAGCAUGGCGAGACUCUCAGGCGCCUGCGUGGCCAGGUGACGUCAUUGGCGAACCGGGCAGCUCGCUGUCUACCAGACACUCAGUCUCGCCUCGACGCUCGAGGAGAUUGUUUGUGUUAUUUCUUUAUCGCGCUCCAUACACUCCGAUCUGCCGUCUCGGAAGCUGACGCCCGCGCGAUCGACGUCGAGAUCGAUUCUUACAUUAAGAUUCUCAUCGGCAGGAAGAUUUAAAAAGUGCGAGUAUAACGACAGGUUAAAUCGCCGAUCGUUCACCCAAGACACGCGCAACUUGAAGAUAUUCUUACGCAAGACUCACAGGACAGAUUAGACGUUGAGUAGAAAAACGGUGCCGAGUUGAGAAGAAGAAAGUUUCUCUGGGAAAUCAAUUUUUCUCGUUGGAGCUGGUUCGGGAAAGUAGGACUGUGGAAAUAAAGAUCGCCGAUAUCGCGCGAACGCGACUCGCCGUAGAAGCGGAGUGAUAAACACGUGCGACUAACGUGAACCAUCGACGAUCGUACUACAUCGUUCGUUUCGCGGGGAUGCGCACCGAGUGAGAUAGAGAAUCCCUUCGUAUUCAUCCUCCCGGGAUCCACCCGGACGUCCCGGAUGUGAUUAGUGCACCGUCGACGCGCGAUUGAUUGACUUUACUAUGAACUCUGCUACGAUUAUUAUGAGAGGAUGAGCUGCUCGGUGAAGAUCUCUUGCGGCAAGAGCUGGAGCCCGCAGCGCAGGAUCAGCUCCCUGGCGGAGGAGACGUGCCCUUCGAAUGCCGUCGUGUCCACCAGCUGCGCUGUCGGCCUCCAGGCCGCCCAGCCGUCAUCAUCGACAUCGAGCUCGAUGACCACGACCAACACCACCUCCACCACCACCGUCACCGUAGCCUUCAACAACCCCGUGAUCACAACUACCAGCACCACCACCAUCACCACCGCUGCCGCCGCCGCCGCCGCCACCAGCAUCAACGUUUCCGCGGUCGGUGGUAAUCAGAGGGUCGUCCCACCACGCCCCGUCAAGUCGAUCGCCGCGAAGAAAGGGGAGGACACCACGAAGCUGCUCAAGUACAUCGACGAUAACGUCAUCGGCAAGAACGGCACGUUCUUCGGGCCGUUUGGCCGCAGGAAAGUGGUUUAUUGCGACUAUACUGCCUCGGGAAGGUCACUACAGUUCCUUGAAGAUUACAUCGCGAAGGAGGUGCUGCCAUGUUUGGGCGACACUCGGGCAUCCACGUCCAUCUGCAGUCUACAAUCAUCUCUUUUUAGGCAUGAGGCCCGAGACAUUGUCAGACAUGCGGUUGGAGCCGGCGAGCAGGAUGCGGUCCUGUUCACGGGUCAAGGCACCGCCGCCGCCCUUCGCACACUUUUACGACACCUCGAUCUCUCGAAAUCCACCGUGGUCUUCGUGGGCCCGUUCGAGCAUCACGCCAACCUGAGGCCUUGGCGCGAGCUCGAUGUCAAGAUAGUACGAGUUUCCGAGACCCGGGAGGGCUUCCUAGAUCUGAAUGAUCUCGAACGAGGACUAACUAGAAUGCGGAGCGAGGGCGUUGCGCAAAUGAUUGGAUGCUUCAACGCUGCCAGUUGCAUAACGGGGGUUUUGGCAGAUGACGUCGCGACGACCCUCCUGCUGCAUCAAUACGGCGCGCUUAGCGUGUGGGAUUACACCACUGCAGCGCCGUAUAUUCAGAUCGACAUGAAUCCGCAUUUACCCGGAGUCGGGGAGACCGCGGUUCACAAGGACGCCAUCAUUUUCGCGGGUCAUAAAUUCAUCGGCGGCGUACAAUCGCCCGGUAUACUCGUGACCAAACGGUGGCUCCUGCGAGAGGAUGUCGAGGCAGAGGACAUGAGGGACUCCCAUCGUUAUCAUCGCGAUCCCGAGCUGCGAGAGGAGAGCGGUACCGCUGGUGUGGUCGAGAGCAUCAGAUGCGGACUGGCGGUGCAGCUGAAAGAGAACGUCACGCCGAGAGCGAUUGUCGCUCGGCAGGAUAAGAUUUCUAAGCAAGUUUUAUCCCACGUGCGUACAAUCCCGGAAUUGAUUCUACUCGGCAGCUCGUCGCAAAACGUGAAGCGAUUACCCAUCUUCUCUUUUAUGGUACGCCAUCCUCGUGGCACGUUUCUACACCAUAACUUUGUCUGUGCCGUCCUGAACGACGUCUUUGGUAUUCAAGCGCGAGGAGGAUGCGCUUGCGCGGGUCGUUAUGCUCAUGAUCUCAUGGGGAUCGACCGAGAGCUUGCCAAGGAAUACGAAAGCAUCCUCUUGGAAGGACAACGUAAUGGCACUGAGGAGACCACCGCGGAGGGUCUCAGGCCAGGCUUUGCCAGGCUAUCCUUUCCCUAUUUUAUGACCGAGGCGGAAGUUGCCUUCGUGCUGGAAGCUCUCAAGAUGGUGGCCACUGAGGGCUGGAAGUUGCUACCGCAAUACGUGCUGAAUCCUGAUACCGGCGAAUGGCGGCAUCAUACCAACAGCGUCUUCAAGGAACGCAAGUGGUUGGGCUCGAUCAGAUACACGGACGGCAAAAUGAGCGCCACGGAGAGGCGAGUUUCCGGUUCCGGUAUCUUUCCGCAGACUUAUGGCGAUUGUCUGCAAACCGCCCGCAACAUUUUCAACCGCGCGCGUAAAAUGGCGCAACGAUAUCCGCUGCAAAUCGACAAGAGUUUUAAUUUUGUGUGCCAGCGUAUGGAAGCGUUACGUUGGUUUAUGCUGCCGAGCGAGGCGCAGGAUCUCCUUUUGGGAAAUUCGCAAAACGUUAAACAAGACGUACCGUUCAAUCCCUUGUUAGCCUGGAACAGGUUUAGCCGCACGAAUACCGUCACGUGUCAUGACAGUCUGGUGAAUUGUCUAACGCUGACCAACGGUAUCAGACGUCUGAACAGCGAUAUUCCGCGCACGGGUAAUAUGCCCAUCUCAACCUCACCAAGACACCGUAGUCUACCGGCGUUGAGCACAGUUAGGCGAGCCAUGAUCGCGACUACGAUCGAACUGAAUCAACCGUCGUCAUCGAGUAACAGCGAAGAGGAGAGCUCAAAUCAAAAUGAACACGGCAAUUUCUUCGGUGGGCCUCGAUCACCCGCCACGUGUCCGAAUUCACCAAUGCCAGUCAGAUUCGCGGUGGGCGAGGCCGUGACCACCUCGGUUUUGGGAUCGAUAUCCCGUACUGCCGUUCAACCGACAAAGGAGCAGAGGGGGUUGAUAGAUGCGGCCAAUGCCGGACGCGCUAGAUGCAAUUCUCUGGGGAGCACCACUGACGGAUGUAACGUUCCGGGAAAUCGCGCCGGUACCGCAUCGGCGUCCUCGCCGAUUCCGCCGCUUCCCUUGAGCCCGCAGACUCUGACCAGUUUGGGACUGAGUACAACAAACGUUUCAUCGAAGCAUAAACGUCUUCAUUGCAGUUGCAGCAGUCAGACGGAGCUGAACUCCCUGGAACUGGAUUCUGCCGGCAGCCCGAGUCAUUCGAUUUCCUCCUUGAGCUAUAUUAAUCAUAAUCCGGCGUCACCACCGUCUUCGUAUUCAUCGACCAGCGAUUAUACCGAGAGAUUGGUAGGCGGUGGUAGAUUAUCACCUAUCUCCACGAACACGAGCCAGAAAUCCGAGGAUGAUCUGAGCGCUUACGUAAAGGAAAUGACCAAGGAAUUAGCGACGGAAAUCAAAUCGGAGAUCCGGGAAGUUAUUUCCAAAGUUGAUGACGCUCUGUCGGAGACAAAUACAUCCGAAAACACACCGCAACAUCAUUCGCGAGCUCACAGUAUGGUUAAUCAAAUAUUUGUGGAAGAUAAACAGCAAUUGAGGCAUGACUCAUUCACAGCCAGUGACAUUGCCGAAUACUUGAUGGAAUUCUCAAAAGAAAUGGCGAGCGAAGUUAAAUCUGAGAUAAGGUGCAUGGUGAACGCCGUUGAUGGACUUCACAGGUAUUCGCCAGAUGCUUCCACUUCUGAUGUUUCCUCAAACGGAUGCGGUUCACCUGAUCGAGGAAGAAUCGUACUCCCAUCAUCGGCAUCCCCGCGUCUUUCAAGCUCAAGAAAAAGCGGCCAGAUCGAGAUUACCAGCAAGGUCGGCGAAUUGUCACAGCAAGAAAGCAAAAUGUCUAGUGAAUGUUCUUCGGACGAGACUGUCAUCUAUGUGAUGAAGCCAUCCGAGAACGAGCGCAGUCGCUCGAAGACCGAGGACGAAGAAGUGGAAAACGAUGUGGAUGAUUACGUGGAUGACGAUCCACAGGAAGGACGUGGCGGCCUCGACAUUGGCGACGCCCGGAAAAUCCUACCGAAAAUCUAUUCGGCUGUGAACUCGGUUAGUUCUCAAGACAGCGGUAUAAAUCUGUCCUUUCACGAGAGCGAUAAAUCGAUAGACUCGCUGGAUCUAAAACGAAGCAGUAGCGCUGAAUCCAACUCCGCCAACAGUCACGGACGAAAGCCUAGAACGACAUCGAUGAUGAGUUUAUCAACUAAGAGUGGUAACAAACAACACGCACGUCAAAACGAUAAUCUUUCGGAGGACGAGGAGUGCACGGGCGAUCUGAGAGAGGAAGAGGGCGAUGGUCAGGAGAAUAAUUUUGAAGACAAUGAAUCAAGACUCGAAUUUCCGCGAACUCAAUGGCACUGUCCACCGAAAAAUAUCUGGAAACCUUCGGUGGAGGCUAUGCAGGAAUUCGAUAUGAUCCGGGACAACGACAGGGUCCUAGUUUGUCUAUCGGCGAGCGGCAAGGACUCACUGUCCCUUCUGCAUACUCUGCAUCAGUACAGAUUUUAUGCCAGGUCGAAGGGGAUUGACUUUGAGAUUGGCGCGGCCACUAUUGACACAGGUGGUUCUGACCCCUUGGAAAUGAUGAGUUAUCUAAAAGCCCUGAACGUACCUUAUUUUUAUGAGGAACUGGUAACAGACUUGACUAACGCUAACGUUGACAAUCCAUUGGACGCCAGCAUCGCUAGCGGCACUUGUAGUUUCUGCGAUAAAUCGAUCAGAACGCAAUUAUACUCUGUGGCAAAACGCAACGGAUAUAACGUGCUGACGCUCGGUCAACACUUGGACGAUCUCGCGGAGAGUUUCCUCAUCUCGGUAUUACACGGUGGCGUGUUGAAAACCAUGAAAGCUCAUUACUAUAUACGUCGAGAGGAUCUCAGGGUCGUUCGACCGUUCAUCUACGUACGGGAGAAGGCGUUAAGACAAUUUGCUGAAAGUAAAAAGCUUCCGAUCUGUCAGGAUUUAAAAACUUUAUCUGAGAAACAAAAUAGAAGAAAGGAGUUGAUGCUCCAGCAGGAACGCGCGUAUCCUCGACUGCAUUGGUCCGUACGCACGGCUCUACGGCCCUUGAUAACCGCUCACGGGCAAAUCACCGCUUUCGAUUUGACCUGCGGCGGCAGCGGCGGUAACAAUAUUGUCAACAGUCCAAGUAGCAGCACCAGCAGUACUUGUAGCAGCAUAAGCGGCGGCGGUAAUAGUAAUGGCAGCAAUACCAGUAAUCAACAGAAGCGACAUAGGAGAACCAAGACGAACAAUUCCAUGGCGACUACCUCCUCAUCUCAACAGACCGACGAGAACGACGAAACCGACGAGGAGCCUGUGCUCUGAGGCGGGCCCGUCGCGAGAUGGGAUUCCGAUCAUCGCGCAGUCUCAUCUUCGCGUCUCCGUCGCAGAUGUCCGACGUCGACGUUCGCCCUCGUUAGAAGAAGGCGAUUGCGCUUCGCAGCCGCGGUCGCUGCCGCUAAAGCCAACGAUCAAAGACGUGUCGAGCACGGCAAUUGAGACGAUAGAGAAGGAAGCAUUUAAACGCAGCGAUUUUGCGAAGAAAAUUUGAAGAAUAUUCCUCGUGGUUCCUUAACAUUAUUCGCGUGUGUAAUCCUUGCUCGUUGCGCAAGAAUCUUGACGAGAAUGACUCGCCGCAUCAAUCAUUGAAAAGUGAAAUCAUUACAGUGAAUAACCGUCUUACUUACUCGAGAAAAGUGACUAUUAUCGAGUUAAUGAUGAUCUCGGAUAUGAACAGUUACUUUCCGAAAAUUAGAUGAACAUUUUUCAGAGAAAAAGAAGAAAGGAAGAAAUGCGGUCGACAGAAUGUUAUUUACUUAAACAAUUUAAGGACGAUGUAAGCAUAAGUCCUCUUUUGUGUUUACAAUGAAUAAGAAAUUUACUUGCUUAUGGAUAGUUAAGUGUAUCGGCAGCUGAUUAGCUGCUUUACGCGGAGAUAUGAUACAAUGAUAAUCGAUCGAUGAACCGAUAACAAACAGAAUAAUCGACGGUGCGUCGUGCCGUUAUAUCAUGUCACGUCGAUUGUUUGCAUAGGAUGAUAAAUAGGUCGUCGCGUAUACGACGUAUUAAGGGACGCGAUACGCUUGAAAGACGCGAUAAGCGAUAGCUGCUUAAUAUUGAGACAGAUAUUAUGUGUUAUAUAUCUUACAGAGAAGUCAUGCAGCAGGGAGACCGGGAAUAGUUUCGUGAGAGAGCCAAAACCUCGACCGAUCCCGCGAAAAAGAUCGUUCCACGACAAUUAUAUCUUUUAUAUACAUAUACAUCUUUUUUAUUUGAUAUGUCGUCCCCUUAGUAUCGCUCUAAUAAUUAAGAUCAUUGAGAUCUCGCAAUGUCUUUUUCUAAUGCGCAUUUUCGAUGGUAUUUUCGACUUUCUCGAUGGUACGACUUAAUGAUGGACGUCAUUUUUUGCGGUCAAAAAAAUGCGUCUUUCAGAUGAUCUGUCGGGAAAAUUUGUCGGUUUGCGGUUACGUCAUUUCAAGUGAAUUGGGUGCAAUAUCAUUCAUUGAAUCGGUUAAUCCGCUUUCGAGAAGCACAAUCGCUCGAUCAAAUUUCAGUUAUCGAGAUAGAGAUGCGAAAGAACCACAUCGAGAGGUAAAGGUUUUGACGAAUUCUCACCUGCAUGAACUUCGAGAAAGAGGUACUCACGCAUGCAUGCGAUGCGUAAGGAAUUAACGUAUACGCUUUUCGCGAAUAAAACGUAUAAAGACAUUGGAGAUUGUCUAAAUAUUUUCAAAUAACAAAAAAAAAUUAUUAAGAAGGGUACUAAAAUUACGACAACAAUUAAGAAACGUAUGAAAAAAAAUUAAUGUCUUGCUUUCCGUAAUUUGGUGCGAUAAAUACGAGAGACUUGUAAUAAAAUAUUAAUUUAAGAAUUUGUUAGAAGAGAGACAAGUUUGUCGUAUCUAUCGGACAAAUAUUUGAAUGGCGAUCUCCAAUGUUUUAGACUGUGCAAAACGAAGGCUGUUUCUUUUUAACUGGCAUCACCGACAAUGCGAUGACACAAUAAAACUGCGCUUCUUUUUCAACGUAAGUUUGCUAAUCCGCGAUGCAGCUCGAUCGACGCUGUGAUCGAUAAGUUAAGUUUCGAUACAAAAAAAUAACGACGGCGAAUGAUGGACGAGUUGCAAAUAAGAGUCCAGUUAUAUCGUCGGUUUCUUGAAAAAUGUAAUAGCGUGAUAGAUUGUUGCGUCCUACACUCCGAUGAAAAAUAUCAAACAAGCAAAAUGCUAAAUCUUCGAGAAAUAGGAAAAAAAUUAAAUUAAACUUUGAUCGAAGAUGUACCAAAUUACUCUAAUGUUUUGUCUAACGAUAACAAAGACUUGAGCACGAUUGCAUCAAUAGUUCAGGAAUCAAUUAGUUGGAUGAACGAUUCGCGAUUCUUUUCUAGAUUAUAGAAACCUGUCUAUUAGAUAGACAAAGCGAUAAAAUUCGGUUAAUAUGUAUCAUUGCUAAUCGGCAAUGAUGCUUCGAUCAUGCAAUAAAAUAUAUACAAAGAAGAUUUCCGAAAGAUUAUUCGCAGGGUACUUAAAAUUGACACGUCUAUAAUGAUAGAGUCUAAUGAUAAAUUAUGUUACGUUGGGAGGGAAGCACAUAUAAUUUGGACCAUGUAAACGCCAGUUGACAAUGAAUCAGCCGGAUGACAGUUUAAGGAAACUAAGUAAGUGGAUAGUCCAAGAAAAACUAAUAUCAAGAUUUGUGAAAGGACAUCUGAUAAUAUAUACAUAUACAUAAUUCAUAAGCCGAUAGGCACCAAUCGAUUAUGAUACUUAUAGCAGCAGUCUUAUGUUGUUCACUUCUUCUCUCAUGUUCGGCUGUUGUACGCUCGCUAAUUGUUAGGACUAUAAGUAAGACUUAAGACUUGUAUGUAGAGAUCGCAUGUACAGCAACGUACGCAAUGUAGACGAUGACCGUAUAAAAUAAUACGUACGUACCGUUUGUGUCGUACUCAGUUUUUUAAAGCGUUCGUUCAUUCGUUUGUUCGUUCGUUCAUUCAUUCGUUCAUCGUUGAAUCCAAGAUGAUAAAAGGCGGAAUUAACAACCAAAUGCGAUAAGCGAAAAGGAAGUCUUGAUCUAUAUGAAUCAUUGCGAAUAGAUAUUCUCAUAUUUUCCGAGAGUUACGAAAGGGACAUUGUUACUGUAAAGAUAUGUAAGUUUAUUUAUCUCUAAUAAAAAUGAACGUUUAAGAAAAAA